GGCGCUGAGGCGCUCAGCCUCGAGUUAUCCAGCCGAUACAAGGAAAGAGGAAGAGGACCUUCCGUAAACAAGCCAACGGUGUGGAAGUUGUUUGCCCGGUUUUAUUUUUCAUUAACUUUUCCGCCAUUCUCCAUGUUUCCUGAGUUUUUACAAUGUCUCGUAGUGAAUCCUCUCCUGCUGUGGAAAGGUCCCCAGUGAGUAAAGACGGAGGACGGGACUCUAAACGUGUGAACAGCAACAGCAUCAUGCCAGACAGCAAGAGGGAGCGAGUGACCAAGGAGGUCGGACUCACCAGCACCACAUUCAUUGGUCCCACAUUUCCUCCGCCAACGUCCGCACCGAAGUCGAAGGACAUCGAGGACACGCUGAGCGAGUUCUACAAAGAGCUGGAGAAGAUCGACACGCCCGAUGGUGCUGAUGGGAACUCAGGGAAACGAGGGGAAGGUUCUGCUCGACCACCAGCACCUCCUGAAACCUACACCAGCGAACAGAUUCAGGUCCCAAACCACGACAGAAUGUAUUAUGCCAGCAGUUCUGCAGAAACGGACAGCUGGCGGAAAAGUGGUGGAGAGAGGCCAGCAUCUUGGCCACACUGGUAUCACAAUGAGCCGUAUCACCCCAGGAGGCCGAGGCCAGGAGUGGACCUGACCUCUCAGAAUCAAUGGCGUUAUCCUCAACCGCAGGAAAGACCACCAAACCCAGGAUUACACAGACCCCCAUUCCGUCAUCCACCACCCCCACCUGCAUUCCAGAAUCCACAAAACCCGCCGCCACACGUGAACCACAAGUGGAGCAGUUCAGGCAACGCAAACCAGUAUCAGGAGUUUUCUCGCAUCCCAUCUCCGAAUGUGUGCAGACCACCAUCUCAGUGCCAUUAUGGAGAAUAUCCAUAUCUCUCUGACAGGGAUGAACGGGCUCGCAGCUUCGAUGCAUACUCAGAUAAUGGAAAUAUAGAAUGGUCUCAGUUUGAUGGAGGUCAUGACCAAAACCAAGUAUUUAAUUCAGAAAAUGAACUCUGGGAGCAACAGCAUCACUCCAGACCCCCCGAGAACACUCAUGCUCCCCGUUCUUCCUUGGUGCUGAUCCUGAUGAGGGGAUUGCCUGGAUCUGGGAAAUCGACACUUGCCAGGGAGCUGCUCUCCACUGGUCCCAGUGGGCUAAUACUGAGCACAGAUGACUACUUUGCUCACAAGGAUGGCUACUGCUAUGAACCAUACCUUCUUGGAGAGGCACAUGAAUGGAACCAGAGCAGAGCCCAAGAUGCUAUGCAUGAUCGUCGCUCUCCAAUUAUUAUUGAUAAUACAAACAUUCAAGCCUGGGAAAUGAAGCCAUAUGUCAAAAUGGCCCUGGAGCUAGGAUACACAGUCGACUUUUGUGAACCUGACACCAGCUGGAAGUUGGAUCCUUAUGAGCUUCAGAGGAGGAACAAGCACGGAGUUCACCAGGAGAAGAUCGCACGGAUGCUGGAUCGCUUUUCAUUUCCCAUUUCCAUAGACAUUGUCAUGAGUUCCCAAGAUCCGCCUCACGCCCACCAGAGCAGACGAUGAGGAGAAACAGAUCUCCAUUAGUUGAUACAAGGAUUUAACCAGCCAAAUAAUUUUGCUUAGCAAAAUAUAUUUUUCAUUGUUGCUGUUGUUUCUUUGUAUUAAUUUAUAAUUUUAUACGGUGCAAAUUUGUGUAAAGGGAGAGCAAAUGUAUUUUCUAUAAAGAAGUUUUCAACGUAAAAUUGUC